AUGAAGCACGGCAUUUGGUCCGAAGACGAGCACGACCGCUUCCUUCUCGCCAUCAAGGAGUUUCCUCGCGGUCCGUGGGGCUUCAUCGCCUCAGCUGUCGGUACGCGCUCUGUCCGGCAAGUGCAGACUCACACACAGAAAUACUACGAGAAGAUUAUGCGGAGAGUGCGUGGCCUGCGCAAGGAUCGCAAGACGUGGGCACGUGUCGAGCACCGCAUCGACGACGACGUGCUCACAUUUUGCGAGUUCAUGAAGAGCAUGGGCAGCAACAAAGUCAUGGUGAGCGACCCAGACGCCCUCAAGAUCAACACCAAAGUGGCCGUGUCUCCGCCUUCCAGUACCGACUCCAGUCCGUGCACCAGCCCAUUGCAGCUCCGCCUCAGCCUUGAAGAAGAACCAGAGGAGGAGCUCGACGCAACCGAACAAUCACUGGCCGCCAGUACACUGGAUUUACCCCCGCUUGAAGAGGCGCUUGAUUUCCUCAUAAAAAUUAUGGAACAAUGA